AUGCACGAUCCUGUGUGCUUCAUACAGCAUCCCGCGGCACGAACGGUGCGGCAUGCUCUGUACCAGCGACCCGCUUCUGGUGCGCUGCCGAGGGCGACCCGCUGCUACCGGUGCCGCUCAGUCGUGCGUUACGGCUGGCUGAGGGCCUCCAGUGAGCACUCGUCGGAGCGACACGUCCUCGUUACUGGUGUGGCGGGUUUUCUGGGUUUCCACGCGGCCCUAAAACUUGCCACCCGAGGCGAUCGGAUCACUGGUAUCGACAACUUCAAUGCGUACUAUGACCCGAGCCUCAAACGAGACCGAGUGCGCUACCUGAUGCGGCACGCUCCUGCUAUACGCAUCAUCGAGUUAGACUUGGCGGAUCAAAAAGCUGUCGAUGAACUGUUCGCAUCGCAUCGCUUUACCCAUGUGCUCCACUUGGCUGCGCAGGCCGGCGUACGACACUCUAUCUCGCACCCGCAUUGUUAUAUCCAGAGCAACUGCGUUGGCUUUCUUCACAUCCUAGAGGGCGUCCGAAAUCACCGCCCGCAGCCACCGGUUCUAGUGUAUGCAUCCUCGUCGUCGGUGUACGGCCUGGAGACGCAGCUGCCGUUUCGCGAGUCAAUGACCGCCGAUGCACCAGCGUCUCUCUACGCAGCCACAAAACGCGCCAACGAACUCAUGGCUUUCACGUAUCAUCAUCUGUACGGUAUCAAGACGACGGGUCUCCGAUACUUUACAGUCUAUGGCCCGUGGGGUCGACCCGAUAUGGCCUACUACGCGUUCGCGAAUGCGAUGCAUUCUGGCAAGCCGAUUACCCUCUACCGAUCGGGGUCAGCGGAGCCCUCUCGGGAUUUCACGUACGUUGAUGACGCGAUCGAUGCAACUGUAGCUGCACUUGAUCGCGCAUAUCCGUGGGAAGUUUUCAACGUGGGGAAUCAUCGCAUGGAGCCGCUCAGUGCCCUGGUUACCAGUCUGGAAGAAGCGUUCGGCAUUGAGGCGCUAAAGCAACAUACCGGGCUGCAGUCAGGAGAUGUACCUGCGACCUAUGCUGAUAUUGGCAAGGCGAAAGAGUUGCUCGACUAUGAUCCGAAAACGAGUCUUCGCGAGGGGAUCAAGAAGUUUGCCGCCUGGUAUCAGUGGUACCAUGUGGAGAACCGGCAUGCCGUGGAGGCAGGUCUGGGAAUCUGA